AUGAUGUACGACGCGAUCGUCAUCGGUGGUGGCAGUGGUGGAAGCGCUUUCUCCAAACGAGCUGCAGGCUACGGUGCCAAGGUGGCCUUGAUCGAACGUGGCGCCCAGUGGGACACGGCGAAGGGCAAGCGUCUGAGCGCCGGGCCCGGUGGCACCUGCGUCAAUGUGGGAUGUGUGCCGAAGAAGCUGAUGUUCAUGGCCGCGGCGCAUCGCGAGAUGAUGGUGGGUCCUGCCGCCACGGCGCAGGGCUAUGGCGUCAACGUGCCAACUGGGGCAGGGAGCAUUGAUUGGAAAGCUCUCAAGGAACGACGAGACAAAUAUGUGGCCAAAUUGAACACGGGUUACACUGCCGGUUGGAAGAAGGAAGGUGUGGAAGUGAUUGAAGGCAUUGGCACUUUCGUGGAUUCUGAAACUGUCGCAGUGCAAUGCAAUGAUGGCAGCAGCCGCACCCUGAAAGGCAAACACAUUCUGAUUGCCUGUGGUGGUUUGCCCUCUGAGCCAGACAUCCCGGGUGUGGAACAUGCGAUCAACAGCGAUGGAUUUUUCGAGUUGGAGGAACAACCCAAGAAGGUGGCCGUGGUGGGUGCUGGAUACAUCGCGGUGGAGAUGGCCGGCAUUCUGCACGCCAUGGGCUCAGAGACGCACCUCUUCUUCCGCGGCGACACGGUGCUGCGCCGCGGCUUUGAUCCCUUCUUGGUGGAGACCCUGAUGGAGGCGAUGGAACAUCAUGGUCCCAUCCUGCACCGAAAUAGCACCCCCGCCAGCAUCACCAAGCAAGAGAACAAAUUGCUGACCUACACGGCCACCGAAGGGCCAAUGGGGGAGCAGAAGGCGAUUUCGGACUUUGUGACUCGGCCACCGAUGGCCAUGAGGGCAAAAAUCAGCCAGAGUUGGGCGGCAAUCUUGGAAAGAUGA